AUCGAAACUUGAAUUGUCGGCUCAUUCACAUAUAGGGUGCGUUUUAAUCAGGCGAGCUCCAGCUUUGCCCAUCAAUUCGCAUCUCAUCAACAGACAGACAUCAUGAGUCAACUGGGCGGACCUGGUGCUCGACAGGCCAACGCCAAGCCGAUUCCCCCUCAACGUGGCAGCUUCCCACUUGAUCAUGACGGCGAGUGCAAACAUGUCAUAGUGACCUACCUUGAGUGCAUCAAGAAAGUAAGGGGUGUGAACGAUGCAGAAUGUCGCGACUUGGCUAAGUCGUACUUGGCAUGCCGCAUGGAUCGGAACCUCAUGGCCAAGGAUGAGUUCAAAAACUUGGGCUUUGAUAAUGGGCCGGCAGCGGAGACAAGUACCAACACUACCAAACAGGGCCAAGGAGCUUCAAGCAAGGAACAGGAUGCACGACCCGGCGAGCUAAGAUGGUAGUCUGCUAAGCCCUAUAGUGGUGUUGUCUCGUCAGCAUCGCAAGGGGUAUCAGAGGGCCGAGGAAACGGGUAUGCUAGUACAUCACAAACGGGCGUACAGCAGUCACA